GGGAUUCUGCCCGACGACGUGUCGCCCACGUGCUGGCGGAGCGGGUCCCAGGUCCCACAACCGGCAGCGGCGGCGAUAAACAGUUGCUUUGUUGGACUUUUUUGCGUCGUCAUUCUGCGCGGGUUGUCUUCAGCUACUCGUCAGAGAGCACGGAGCCGGGAAGGGCGGCGACCGGGCGCGGGAUCUUCGACGCCCUGCUCGUGUCGCUGUGCGUGUGCCUGCUGCUGGUCCUCGGGGUGAUGCUGCAGCGCGGCGCGAGGCUGCCGCCCGCCCAGGACCCCGACAACACUCCGGACACGAAGCCCCCCGGCCCGGCCCCGGCGGGGCUCCCGGAUGUGCCCGGCGAGGACGUGCCCGUCGACGACGGCCCCCGGGAGCGCCUCAUGUCGCUGGGCUUCGCGCUGCUCUUCAUCAGCCUCGGCGUCUGCCUCUACACCAUGUACCGCCUGGGCUUCUGCUGCAACCGGAGGGAGUACAACCGGGGCAGGCUCAGGAACGACAUCCCCUCGGUCAACAGCCGGCUGCACCUCAUCUCGUCGACGGACCUGCCGCCCACGUAUGACGCCAUCAUGCUCUCGCCCAGCCGGCCGGGCGACCUGCAGCCGCCGCCCUACUUCACCAUCAUCACCUUCCAGGACGAUAAAGUGACGCCCCCCUCCCGCCCCGCCGGCGCGCACGCCGCGGCCUUCUCGGGGGCGGCAGGCGCAUCGAGCCGCCCCCAAGAGGCGGGAUGAGGACGGCCGGCGGGCCCCCCGGCGCCUACAUGUUCGAUCCACCUCUGCUCGACGCUACGCGAGACCGCGCAGCUUGUCUAGCACGCGCCCAGCUCCCGCGACGCGCCGCUCGGCCCCGACUCUAGGCCUCUAGAGUCCUGGCUUUGAAUCCCCGCGCAGUGCUCCCCUUUCCUCGGAGUGUCCAGCGUGAACGUGGCGCCAAUCUGUGAUGAACACAGUUGGCUCAUAUUUUUUUUUUCUAGGCAGAUUAGACCAAUAAGACAAGUGUAAAGAACUAACUGAACCACGAAACACGGGUGGAAUCAAGGAGAACUGCUACAGGUUGUUGUUGCCUCAUUCUUGUGGACAGUAUUACAGCCUGAUUUGAAUUUGAGAGAAAUGAGAAGAUUUGCAGUGAAAGUGAUGAAUCUAUCCUAUACUUGAUUGUUAAUGAGACUCAAGGAAUUACAGUGUCAAGAAAAUUCUUUUUUACUUCAUUAUUAAAUUGUUACAUUUAUCAGUUCUUUAGA